AUGCAGCCAAAGGAUGUUGAGGCGAUACUGAAACCACUGUACGCAAAGUUCGCAGAGUACGACAAAACUGGUGACAGUGAGGCCGCUGCCAAGUUUUAUCAUAGCCAAGGAGUCAUCACAAGCAAUGAAACCUACCAGGGUACGGAUGACUAUUUGAUGGCUCAGUGCGACUUUGAGGUGCGUCCGGAAAAAGGAAGCGCCUUCAAGGGCAAAUGUAACCAUAUUUGGAAGAAGGAGGACGGAGAGUGGAAGAUUUAUCACGAAGAAUUUGAAACGAUUUAG